GAAGUUUGCCGCACAACUGACAUCUCAAUAGGUCUUUUUAGGCGAAUUGGUGAUAAACAAAAACAAGGAGUUUCUCUCGUGAUUUCCUGGGUUUCCUGGCCAGCCAUGGAGGAAGGCGCCGGAGUGACGGAUUCCCCGAAGAAGGGACCCACGCUGUCUACAUCAACAUCCAGCUUUGAGGCUCUGGACCCACACGAUCCAAAUCUCUCCCGUCUGGCGACAAAGAUGUUCCAGAAGACCGGAGACUUUAUCUCGAGCGAGCUGACAGGGCCCCUCGAGGACUAUAGACUGCUGGAAAACAUGAACCGUGCCACCAUCUCCAAGUAUUCAGACAUGCAGCAAAUCACGGAGAACUUGGCAGCUUCAACAACAGAAAUGAAUGUGAAGCUCGAGGAACUGACGCCUUAUUUGCAACAAAUCGAUGAGAUUGACGCUACAGUCUCGAAAUUGGAAGUGGCAGCCUACAAACUGGACGCUUAUACGCAACAAUUGGAAGCGAAAUUUAAGAGUUUGACACAGAAGAAAUAGCCAAAAGAUGAUUUAUUUAGAAAUUUAGCAUAUUAAAUACAUUCUUUGCAUUCCCAUUUAAUCAUCCAAGCAGUAAUUUGAAUACAAUUGCUAUUAUAUUGAGAAAUAUGA